AUGGCGGCCCCCAUAAAUGUAAUGCCCGGUGGGUUGGAAGAUGAUUUUGACGAAGACGGUGACGAUUUAUAUCUUGAUUAUGGCUAUGCAGUGAAGAAGAAGCCAGCAUGGGAUCCGAUCGAAAGCUCCGGAGCAUAUAAGGAGAAUAGAAAUGCUGGAGGAUUUGGAGGGUUUGGACAAAUUCCUUCAAAACCAAAAGAUACAGUAGAAAAGAGUAAAAGAGAUUUGAAGGCAACUACUGAUAAAGGCCACAAAAACUCUAUAGGAAUGGACGACUUACGCACAGCUGCUUUGAGGGAUAAUGUAGAGAUGAUAAAAUCUCUAACAGAGCAAGGGUUAAACGUUGAUGCAGAACUCCGAGCAGGAUGGACGGCACUCAUGUAUGCUGCCAAUAUGGCAAACUUACAAGUUGUGGAAUAUCUUCUGGACAGUGGAGCAAACCCAAACAGUCAUGCAGACCUCUAUUCUGUGUUGAUGGCCUGCUGUGCUUCCACGUCUAGAUUUACUGAACGCCUUGAAAAGUGUGUGGCAAAACUUCUGGACAAAGGAGCUGAUGUCAAUGCUCAUGACAGGUACCAUUUGUCUCCCCUUAUGUAUGCAGUGAGGGAAGGUCGUGUUGGUGUUGCUAAGCAACUGGUAGAUGCUGGAGCUAACAUAGAUAAACAAGACACACGGGGAUGGACGUCUUUGACCUGGGCAAUCAGCAAAAACAAGGAAGAGUCGGUAAAGUUCCUACUGGACAACAAGGCUGACCCGAGGAAGAAACACUGUGAUAAUUCAACUGCUGUGGAUAUGGCUAAGUUACAAGAAAACUCAAAGAUACAAGCACUGUUAGGCCAAGGUUCAGUCCAGUCACUUGUAGCCCCAGUGGAUAACUGCCUACCCCAGUCCCGGGUACAGCAGGCCGUACCUUCAUGGGCAUCCCUGAUACUGUACACUAAGUGUGGGGAGUUGGAGUUGUUUCUCGGCGGCCUGGACCUCACUAACUUUAUAUCACUUUUUCGCGGACAGCAAGUGGACUUCGCCACAUUUCUGCGGAUGUCUGAUGAUGACCUGAUAAAGAUGGGUAUUCAUCAGAUAGGUGUAAGAAAGAAGAUACUGGAUGGAAUACAUGGAGUGCAUAAAAAAGAAUGGGAAAAUACAAGUAUUCCUUCAGUACAGGCCAAACACAUCAGUUGUGCUGAUUCUGUUGCCAUGGUAGCCAACAUUUGUAAACACAUAAAGUACAUUUCUUCCACGGUUGGUUUUAUCAGAGAACAGAUAUCAACUCAACCACAGUUUUUAGAAAUCCAGGAUGGUACAAGUCCUACACAGAUCCUGAGUUAUAGUCAGGACACAAGUAGAAAUGUUACAGACUUGGAGAAGGAGUUACAACUCCUCAACAAACAACUACAAAAGAUUGUGGACUCUGGCCAAUAUGCCCCGCCAGAUAAGGUGAAGGACGUAAAGAAAAGAAAAUCCAAACUGAACCUGAAACGAGUGUUUGUGAUAGGACUGUGUGUUGGGUCCAUAGGGGUGACCGUCUGGAAGAGAACCUCAAUACAAGAACUGUGUACUAGAUUCUUAAAUACUGACAUUUCUAGAUAGCAUCAUAUCUAACAGGAAGGACAGCAAAUGUUGGGAAUUGGUCCUGAUCCAGUAAUUCUAUUAAUAGGUCAAACACCUUAUUACUGGUCAGUUGGUCAGACUUCACAACUGUCCAGUCAGUCAUUAGUUGUUGCGCCAAUUUUUAAGGCAAUUUUUUUCUUUACCAAAUGUGUUUUGCAAAAGAAAAAAAAUGGACAAAAAUUCAGAAACUAAAAAAAAAAUUAACCGACCAAGUAUUCAUGUUUAUUUUAGCACUCAAAUUGGGAUUUAACGCAAAAAAGAGAGAUGCUAAAAUAAGAAUACCACUUAAAUAUAUGCAUUUAAAGUAUACUGAACAUAUGCUCAAUUAAUUAGUGCAAUGUUGAUAUUGUUACUGGUUCCAAUUACAUCAGCAUUCCCUAAUUGAAGGAUAUUCCUUACUUUAAACUUUUCCUCAGGAAAGCAUUACAGAAUUAUAGGAAAGAUCCUUAACCAAGAUUUUCCCCCUUAAAUCCAAUUGUGAUUGUCUCCGGAAUUUUUUUUUAGCAAUUUCCUAAAGGUCAGGGGACCUUUUUCGCGAAAGUUCGUAAGUGUAAUUUUGAUCGUAAGUGUAAAACUUAAGAAUUAUCGUAAGAGUAAAAAUAAUCUUACGAGUGCUUUCGUGAAAACCACUUAAGAUUUCACUUAUGAUAAUUGUAAGUGUAAAACUUACGAACUUUCGUGAAAAGAUCGCCAGGAAUGUUGAUGCAACUUGGACCUGGAUGUGUUUCUUUAUAUUUCUUAGGUACAGGCUAUAUAUAGAAACCUCAUGUUAUCGAUGUGCUUUUGAAAUAUUUUAUACCUGAUAUUGUCCCAUUCCCACUUUAAAAAGGUCCAAGCAUUAAUCUGACAGAGAUUGAGAAAGGUCAAGGUGAGUGUGGAGCAAUCUGAUUCAAAUAGAAAUCAUCAUUAUACACUACAUUGUGAAGAUUUGAUGGUGACCGGUUAGGGAUCAUGUUGAGAUGACCUUUCAGUAAUCGGCCAA